CGAUUUCCAACAUCUGCAAAAUCAUUUGUGUUUAUGGACAUGAAGGCACCUGCCUAGCUGAAUAUUAUUCAAAACCCACCAAAUACAGUAUUAAAUCAAUUUCAUGGUUUUGUCUCCCUUCAACUUGUCCUGGUGAAGGGUCUUGGCCCAAACCAUCCACAGUUUGCUCUCCACUAUAGAUGCUACCCGGCCUGCUGAGUUUUCCAGCAUUUUGUCUGUGUUGCUCUGGACUUCCAGCAUCUGCAGAACCUCUUGUGUUUAAUUAUUCCGUUCUCCUUUCCACUUGGGACGUUAGAAAGUUUUGAAUCUUUGAAUCGGUGGAACGGCAAAGCCCAGCCAUUAUCUGGGGGAUGGCGCCGCUCAUCACUGAACGCCGAAUUGACUAGGUUGUGACAAAGGUCAUGCCAGGUCAGGAUUGGAACAGCGUUUAUCUCCCUUUCCAAUGAGAGAGAGGCAGCAGCUAUUUAUAGAUACUGUACUGAAAUGUCGAUGUUGUAAUAGGCCCCGAGAUGUGUGAUUAGACUCGUCACUGGCUCGAGUUUCUUGUGUCCGAUUUCAAUUUUCCAUCUGAUAAAAGAAGAACCAGGCGCAUAUUACAAUGGGCGAAGAAACCCCCAGCUGGGAACUGCAGAGGAUCAAGAACAAUCCCAAAACUUUGGUGUACAGUAGGAGGAGGGGAUAUGAUAUUACCAGGAACCCGCAUCUCAACAAGGGCAUGGCCUUUACGUUGGAGGAGAGGCUCCAACUGGGCAUCCAUGGCUUGUUACCUCCCUGUGUUCUUAGCCAGGACGUUCAAGUCCUCCGAGUGCUGACGAACUAUGACAUGAUAAAAGAUGAUCUUGAUCGGUACAUUUUUCUCAUGGCCCUCCAAGACCGAAAUGAGAAGCUUUUCUACAAAGUACUGACGUCAGAUAUUGAGAGAUUCAUGCCGAUAAUUUACACACCCACUGUAGGCCUGGCCUGCCAACAAUACGGACUGGUAUUCCGCAGACCAAGGGGUCUUUUUGUUACUAUCCAUGACCGAGGCCACAUUGCUACAGUGUUGAAGUCCUGGCCUGAAAAUGAUAUUCGGGCUGUUGUUGUCACCGAUGGGGAACGUAUUCUGGGUCUAGGUGACCUUGGGAGUUACGGAAUGGGCAUACCAGUGGGUAAGCUGGCAUUGUACACGGCAUGUGUCGGAGUGAAUCCCCAGCAGUGUUUACCCGUGAUGCUAGACGUUGGCACCAACAACGAGGAGUUGCUGAAAGAUCCUCUGUACAUUGGACUGAGGCACAAAAGAAUAAGAGGUCAAGAAUAUGAUGAUCUUUUGGAAGAGUUUAUGCAGGCAGUAACUGAGAGAUAUGGUCAAAACUGCCUCAUUCAGUUUGAGGAUUUUGGUAACGCCAAUGCAUUUCAUCUAUUGGACAAGUACCGUAACAAAUACUGCACUUUCAACGAUGAUAUCCAGGGGACAGCAUCAGUGGCCAUGGCGGGCAUAUUGGCAGCUCUCCGCAUCACGAAGAACAAGCUGUCAGAACACAAGUUCUUGUUUCAAGGAGCUGGUGAGGCUGCCCUGGGAAUAGCAAAUCUUCUUGUGCUGGCCAUGGAGAAGGAAGGGAUUACUCAACAACAAGCUGUGUCAAAAAUCUGGAUGGUUGACUCUAAAGGCCUCAUUGUUCAGGGACGUGCCAAUCUGUCUGAGCACAAAUUACAAUUUGCUCACCCACAUCCUGAAGUAAGCAACCUGGCUGAUGUGGUUCGGGAUCUCAGACCUACUGCCCUUAUAGGUGCUUCGGCCAUUGCGGGUGCAUUUACUGAGCAGAUCAUCAAAGACAUGGCAAGCUUCAACAAGCAUCCAAUUAUAUUUGCUCUGAGCAAUCCAACCAGCAAAGCAGAGUGCACCGCUGAGCAGUGCUAUCACCUGACUGAGGGCCUGGCAAUAUUUGCGAGUGGAAGUCCAUUUAACGCAGUCACAAUGUCGGACGGCCGCGUGCUGUAUCCAGGCCAGGGAAACAAUGCCUAUGUGUUUCCUGGAGUGGCACUUGGGGUCAUAGCCUGCGGCAUGAGGCAUAUCAGUGAGGUCAUCUUCCUUAUUGCAGCAGAGGCUUUAGCAGAACAGGUUCUUGAAGAACAUUUGGCUGAAGGACGCCUAUAUCCUCCGCUUAAUUCUAUCCAAACUGUUUCCCUGAACUUGGCAGUGAAGGUUGCUGAAUAUGCUUUCAGAAACGGGCUGGCAUCCGUGUACCCCGAGCCGGAAGACAAACGUGCUCUGAUCAGCUCCCUCACGUACAGCACGGAUUACGACAGUUUUGUAAUUGAUUCUUACACUUGGCCAGAAGAAGCAUCGAAGAUUCAAACUGUCAAAAUGUAAACACAAUAUUCCUAGCAUUUAGGAUUUAUAGAGAAGGGCUGCUUGGUUAACCUUUCAGGGAAAUGAAUCAGUGGAUUAAAUGUUAAAGUUUGCAGUAUGGUGCAGCUAUUUAGGUUUCUUUUCAUGGUAUAAAUAUGUCUCUUCUGCAACUAAAUAUGUUUCUUCGUGUGCCGGAAAGAAUUCUUUCAUUUCUGUUUUCUUUGCUGAAGGUAUCAGACCGCAGUUAGUAAUACUCCAUUACAUUCAUUAAUGCAGGAUUAAUUCAUUAAUGACUUAUGCAGGGCAUUACCCUAAUGUUCUUACCACAAGAGGAGAUUGUGGGAGAGAUUGGGGAUGGACCAUUCCAUACGCUAGAAUGAUCUAACACUGGUACUCAAAAUUGGGCCAGUCCAGUUGAUGAUAUCACUAGGCAGUGCUCACAGUCAUAACUUGAAGGAUCUUAAUAACUUUCUAGUCAGUGGUGGGUGGUGGGUGCGUUUGAAAUUCCUGUAUUGAAAUACUUUUAGAAACCUUGAGUCCAGUAGGGUUGGCAGCAUAGGAGGCACAGGCAGUUCCAGGUGACUGGGGAUUCUCUGCACCAACCUUUGUGACUGUACAUUAAAACUUCAUGAGUCCUUCCCAGAAUCAUACAGGGUUUGUCCUUGUAAAUGGUUGUAACCUGAAAAAUAAGCAGGGGGAACAGUGGUGAUACAGGAAAGCACCAUCUGUGUCUGUCCAGUUAGGAAAACUUCAAAAACAUCUCAGAAGUUUUUUUGUACAGUCCAGAAGGAAAGUUGAUGUCCCUUCAGACUCUGCUAGUAAACCAUAGACCGGCCACUGUCCUCAGCCCCUGCUCCGCUCUGAUUCCUGUGAUACCACCAAGCCCCUCAUCAUCUCAGGACUUGUCUAGGGUACCAUUCUCACAGUGCCCUUGAAGGUUGCUUCCAUGCUCUCUGUUCAGAUAGCCUAACAGCCUCUUCCAAGAUGUAGUUGUUGGGAAACUUGUAUCCAGUUUACAUUUCUGACUUAACCAUAAAAACCUUGUGAGUCUCUUCUCUCUACUCCCAGAUGGCCUCUUCAUCCUCCUCCCAGAUCCUUCUAUUGAACCUUAAAGAAAGCACAGGUAUCUUUGCAGUAUGAAUGAAAAGGAGAAUGUUGGUGGGUAUCAGGUACUGCUGCUGUGCAGAAGAGUGAAUUAGACAUGGUAAUUUUGCUUUGGGUGAUAGCUAGAAUAGCAGCUUUAAUUGCAAACUAUUUUGAAGACAACUCUAUCAACACUUAUCAGAAAUUUAAUUUGAAGGUUUAUCAGCAAAGCAUUAAAUUGAUUACUUGUUCAAAAUGAAAGCUGUUUCUUUUAAUUCAUAUUCAUCUUGCCACAGUUUAUUCCAGCAAAAAAAAUCAGUGGAAAAUAACUUGAACUUGAAAGAAUGGUUUAAUAUAGAAUAUUUUUUCUGUAUUACGUGUGGCAAAUAUCAAGGUUGUAUUAAAGUGGGCAUAUUGCAUCUCACAGUUGUGGCUUUGAAAACUUGCAUCUUUGUUUCUUAAUUUUGAAUAUUCUACAGCUGCUUUAAGUUGCAUUUCAUAUUAAGUUGAUUCCAUGGAGAAAUACUGACUAAAACUGUCCUAAUAGGCCCAAUGAACCUGUGUAACCAAUGGCACUCAUGUGACCAAUUAACAUACUGUCCCAUACAUCUUUGGAAUGUGGGAGGAAACUGGAGCACCCGGAGGAAACCCAUUUGUCACAAGGAGAAAGUACAAUCUCCUUACUGACAGGGGCAGGACUUGAAUUUGGGGCAUGGUGCUGUAAUAUCACUAUGCUACCAUGUGGAAAGGACGGUACAAAUAGAAAGUGGAGAUAUAAGCUGAAGUCUGUAUGCAUUGUAAUUCAAAUGAUUUGUUGUGUCAAAGGAAAAGUCAAUUUUGACACCAAGACCUGGAUUUAGAAGUUCAAUUAAAUUAUUAAUAACCAAGAGAAGAUUUUUUUCAAGUACAAAAUGGAUGAAAUGGAAAUGUUGACACAGUGAAUUGUUUGUGGGCCUGUCUAUACCUUCCCUCCCUCUUUUGUGGCUACUCUUAAAACUUCAAUAUUGGUUCAAACUCUGUUUCUUCAGAGAUCACUUGCUUAUUGUCAAUAUUUUGCCACAUUUUAUUUAUCAUAGAGUAGGUGAUUACCCUCCUGUUCGCACCCCCCUCAGUUCACCAGCCCAGCUGCCAAGGCACUCAAUGCUCCCUCAGCACCAACACCUCCCCUCCUCCCUCCAGUUCAAUACAUGAUGAACAACACGGGCUACCACUGUCUACACUCCUUCCUUCUCCUGCACCUACCAACCACACCUCCAAAUGCCAAAUGCUAUUAUCCUGAUCUUCACCACUUCCAGCCCCCACCUUCCACCAACUCCUCAGUCACCAUGGACUCACCUUCACUACUGAGCAUGUGAGAAGGACUGGCUCUGGGCAAUCUCAGCCACAGCAAAGCAUUGGGUGUUGUUAUAAGAAUCACCACUUGUAAUAAUGAUGAGAGAGGCACAGAGAAAUCUGUAAUUACCAACAAGUACCUUAUUGUCUCAAUAGAAGACCAAGUGAACUUACACAAUCAACAGCUGUGUGCACGCCUUUCUGACCUUUCAUGAACAGUCAAAGAGCAGAAAAUAUAACACCAAUUAGAAAGGAGUUUCUGCUGCUGGUCACAUGUUCCUCGUAGUUCCAUUUCAAAUCUCCACAUGUCCGUGGGUCAUCUCACUAUCAUGAUAGAUGGUCUCCUACAGAGUUACUACUGCCAGAAGACUUGAAGAGACUGCUUUUAUAUUCAUUCCUUAUUAAUUCAAAUUGUACAUUCCAGUGUCAUUGGCUGACCUUUAACAUCUUUCUAUUGGCUCUGCUCCAGGCCAGCAUCCAUUCAUUGCCUUCUUCCCAGCAAAUGACAAUCUGUACUUUAUGGCUCUUUGUUCUCAGUCAGCUUGAGUCAUACAGGAACAGGCACAGACCAAUAUUCACACACCUGCAUGUUAUAGGCAACCAAAGAACAUCUCACAAAUAACUUCUUAAUUUGGAAGUGAUCCAUAGCUCAGCAUACUACCUGAGGCUUCAUUGUGUUUUCUUUAAAACACUGGCCAAGCCAAGCAACUGACUCACGAAGUGGAGAACACAAUCUAUUCAGAAAAUGGCAGCCUCCAUCUCCUUCCUCGUAGCAAGAACAAGGACAAUUGGACUGUCUGCUUCCACUGUCCUUGAUUCAUUUGAAUUCACUUACUUGCAGACUGUAGUUCUUUCUGGCCAACAGCGUGAACCCCAAGGUCCUGAGGGUGUGUGUGCUGAGCAGCUGUGUGGAGUUCUCCAGUGCAUUGUCAGUUUGAGUCUCAGCCUGGAAAGGGUACCGACUGUGUGGAAAACACCAUGUGUGGUUCCAGUACCCAAGAAGGGCCAACCGAAAGUCUUAAAUAACUAUGGUCCUGUGGCUCUGACCUCACCCAUUGUGAUGACCCUAGAUAGGCUGGUCCUGGCUCACCUCUGACCCCUGGUCAAAUUAAAACUUGAUCCAAUGCAGAUUGCCUAACAGCAGCACAUUGGAGUCAACGAUGCUGUCAUCUACCUGCUGUUCAGAGCCUAAUCCCAUUUGGAUAAGCUGGGCAGCACUGUGAAGAUCAUGUUUUUUGAUUUCUCAAGGGCCUUCAAUACCAUACAGCCCUCAUUGCUGGGGGGAAAAGCUCCGCUCAAUGCAGGUUGGCACUUCCAUUUUAUCCUGGAUAAUGAACUACAUGACUGUCAGAUCACAGUUUGUGUGGCUUCAGAGUUGUGUGUCAGACAUGGCUGUAUACACUGAGGCCCCACAGGGGACUGUGUUGGCUCCGUUCCUGUUUACCCUGUAUAUCUCAGAGUUUAGAUAAAAUACUGAGUCAUGUUAUCUGCAGAAAUUCCCUGAUGACUCAGCAAUAGUUGGGUGUAUAAAGAGAGGCUGGGAGGAUGAUACAGGGCCCUGGUGGAGGCCUUUGUCAAAUGGUGCAAGCUGAAUCAUCUGCAAUUCAACAUCAGUGAGACAAAGGAGAUGGUGAUGGACUUUAGGAAGACUAACCCUGCACUGCUCCCUGUUACUAUUGAUGGUGAGGACAUGGGUGUGGUGAGGACCGACAAAUACCUAGGGGUGCACCUGGGUGACAGACUUGAGUAGCUAACCAACACAGAGGCUGUGUACAAGAAGUGCCAGAAUCACCUCCAGUUCCUGAGGAGUCUAAGGUUCUUUGGAGUAUGCAGGUCUCUCCUUCACAUGUUCUACCAGUCUGUUGUCACCAGUACAAUCUUCUAUAUGGUGGUGAUAUGCUGGGGCAAUGGCAUUAACAUGGGUAAUGCCAACAGUCUCAAUAAACUGAUUAGAAAGGCUGGCUCUGUUAUAGGAGUCAAACUGGACAUACUGGAGGCUGUGGUAGAACAAAAGACCCUCUGGAAAAUCCUGGCAAUUCUGGGCAAUGUUUCUCAUGCUCUGCAUGCCACUUUGGCUGAAGAGAGGAGCACUUUUAGUAAUAGACUAAGACAACUGCACUGCUCCAAAGAGCACUAUAUGAGGUCAUUCUUACCCUCAGCCAUGAGUCAACCUAUAGCUGGGGAAGUAAUGAUCCCCCUCCUGUUGGACUGUUAAUAAGCUCUGUUUAAGUUCUGUUUAGCUCUGUUUUAUUUUUAAGGUCACUUAUUUCUUAUUCUUUCUUACUCCUCUUCUAAUAUUUGUGUAUCUGUGCACUUGUAAUGCUACUGUGACACUGUAAUUUCCUUUGGGUCAAUAAAGUAUCUAU